UUUUAACCAUCUCCUGUUUCUACAGUGCCUGCUGCACAGAGCUGGUUGAUAUGGGCUCUCCAGACUUGUGGGUCCAUGUAUGUAAGAGGACGUGUGGACAGGCCAUCCCCGUGUGCCCCUACCCACACAGCCCGUGUCCUUCCCAUCACCAACUCAGAGCAGUAUGUUGUUUUUUUCAGGAUCCUAAGCCAUAACCCACUGUCUGUUAUUCUUCAAGCUGCCUUCAGUCAAAUAUCUAGACCUGGGUGCAACACGAGUGACUCAGCAGACGUUGCUCAUGCUCCUCCUGACAACAGUCCACUUGGAAACACUCAAACUGCCCUGUGACAUGGCCUGCUGCCUCUGCCAGAAGCACACCACCGAAACCUCAUGCAGGACCAUCAAGUUCCAGUGCAUGAACCUGUGCACCACCAGUGCUCCCCAGUGCACUCUCAUAGAUCCUCUGGCAAACACAGAAGGAGAAAUAAUGGAAGUGGUACAAACCAGAAAACGGAACACCAGCACAGUAUCGAACCUCAAGCCCAAGGAGUCUUCGCUGAAGAAGAAUGAAACCGUAACACUUGCGGUUGUCCUGAGCACGACCGGCACCAAUGGUGAUCUCAGUAGCCCAAAUAAUCACAUUUCCAGAACAAAUUCAUAUUCCUCUCAGCACCUACCCGAGCAGGAAGGCAAAACCAGUAAGAAGCUGAUGCUGAUGCUGCACAGCAUUCAUCACAUGGGCUGGACCAGUGAAACUGAUAUGAGGAAACUCCAUUUUCUAGCAAUGAUGCUAGCAGCCGAGCUCGAGAAUAAGCUGCACAAGGCUGAAAGUGUCAUGAUUGUGAAAAACACCGUCUCACCCCUGCCAACGCCUGCCAUGCAGAAGCACAAGGUGGAGAAGAUCCCAGCAGUGGAGGGAGAGACAACCACGGGCUGGGUGCAAGAGCAGAAUGACUUAGGUUUGAACCAGGCAGCAAUAAACUCCUGGGAAACAGCUGACAGGAUAAACCCCACUGACAUCUCUGUCUUCAGACACAACAGAAUACCCACACCUCCUUCAAAACAUUCCCUUUCGCACUCCCCAGCAGAGGACCCUCAUUUGUCUGGGUCUUUUAAGAUUCCAAAUUAUUUCAGUGCUGUGGAACAGACCAAGCAAACUCAUGGGGUGGAGGAUGUGGAGGAUGUAGAAGAUGCAGAGGAAGCACCAUCCCCAAGGCAGGACUAUGUUUGGACUUACAGAAAGCACAAGCAGGGGGACAGCCCAUAUCUGAAUAAAGGUAACCAGCUUUUCUACGAGAUGUUUGGCAACAUGAAUCCAGAGGAAGAGCCCACACCAACAGAAAGUAAAGCAGAGCAGAGACUAAACACAAACCAGCAUUUUUUCUAUAAGGUGUUUGUUACCAACAGCCCCCCUGCUGCAAGCAGCCUGCUAGAAGGCACAGCUAAAGAAGAGGGUUCCUCUCUAGGCAGGCAUUUACUGGCUGUCCCUCUAACCACAGAAACACACUGGAAGCAACAAAAGGAAGGAUCCAGUUUUCUCAAUAAAUCAGGUAGCUCUGACAGCCCGGACAGUAUGCGGGUUCAAGGAGAACUCUUUGAAACCAAGGUCCAUCGUCACCUACACUUGCUGGUCCCAGAUGAAGCCCUGAGGCUGUUCCUUGCCCACGUGGCACAAGCCCUGAGGAGGGACUGUCACCUGCCCAAGCUCCAGCUGGCCUGUGCAAAGAUGUUCUCAAAGGUGGUGCUGCUCAUAAAGCUGCUCAGCGAGAGGCAACCUGACCAGGGACCCUCUGCUCUCGUAGGCCAGUGUCUCCUGGAAGGGAAUGUUUCUGGUGGCGUGGCCCAGGCCGGGAAGGCAGGCAGGAAAACCACAGGGAAGUGGAAACCAGAGUACAUCUCCGGUGACAGGCUCCUGUUAGCAAUAUCACUGCCUGUCAUCAUCAUGAUUAAUUUCCUGGUAAUUUGUCUCAUCGAGGUUUGCUACCAAAAACCUGCAGCUACUUCCCAACCCCAACGCAGCAGUAAAUCACACCCGAGAUGGUUCUUUCAAAAACUCCUGCGGCGGGGAUGGAGCAAGAACAGUCACAACGUUAGAGAGCAGGGCUCGCCAGCUCGGAUCCGAACAGACCCAAGCCGCGGUGGCUUAGAGACCAAUUCCAGCGCCUCGACGCCCAGCGAGAGAAACCCAUCGCUGAGCUGUACGACGGGCAGGUCUCGGACGGGGAGAUUUUCAGCACGGCCGAGCUAAAGUCAGCAGGAUGGUGACGGUGCCCACGCUCCGUUCUCAGCUCUUGUUCUGAUGUAGCAGCUGCUGAGGCUUUCCUUGGCUGUUAUUUCCUUAAUUGUUAUUUCCUCGGAUAUUAUUUCCUUGCAUUUUAUUUCCUUGGAUGUUUCCUUGGCUGUUUCCUUGGCUGUUAUUUCCUUGGUUAUUUUCUUGGUUAUUAUUUCCUUGAGUUUUA